UUUCAAAAAGUUUUUCUUAUGUAAUCCACUGUAUUAUUUCUUCGGAAAAAGUUGCUAACUUGUCUGAGAGAAAUGUAUAAUACGGGUAAAUCUCAAAUAAAAUUAUACUUUAGUCAUGAAAUGUUCUUUUCGAUAUGUUCAAAUCUAUCGUACAUGUCAAAUUUGAAAGUUGAAAUUAAAAAGAAAAUUUAUCUGCAUAACUGAACCUUUAAUAUCUACGUCAAGAUCCAUACCCGUCUUGGUGUACACUUUGUCUGUCAAACCUAUGCGAUCGUUCUUUUUUUUUUAUAAUACUAUAUAACCCAAUCCUGUGUACUCUUCAACUUAGCAGUUACACUAAUUCAUUCAGAAUUAAAUCCUAUGUUUGGCAGUGCUAAAAUGAUUUGUUUCAUACACCCAGUUACGAAAUCCUCUAUUCAUCGAUACUAACUAGAGUCCUGUAAGACAGUCACGAAUCCUGAAAAAUCCUGUUUGUCCUGUCUCGCAGUUGAUGAGCAAAAAUCUCAUACAAAUGGGUAGAUAUUUGCAGAAAAUCGAAAAUCGCAGCUAGAUGAUAGAACAAACGUUCAUAUUUGACAUUUUUUUUCAACAAAAAAAAUAUUAUUUAGAAAACAAAUGCAACAGUUUUGUAAAGCAACAGCUUCUCUAUCGAAUGAUUUUGUUGGAUGUAAUCCGCAUCUACCCAUUAGUUCUAAGAAAAAAUAGAUGCAAUCAGAUAUUUUCACUGUAUAAAAACAUUUGAAUUGAAGAAUUUUUUUUCUAGUGUUGUAAGUUUGAGUAUCUGUCCAACAGAAGAAACAUUUCUUACUUCUUCAAUUGACAACACAUUACGCCUUUGGGAUGUACGCAUUCCAACAGCUCAAGGUCUUCUCAAUGCACAAACAGCAACAGGACCGAAUAGUCGUCCAGUUGCUAAUUUUGAUCCUGAAGGUGUGGUGUUUGCUGUCGGUAUUCAGUCAUCUUUGAUCAAACUUUACGAUAUUCGUCAUUUUGAUAAAGGACCAUUUACAACAUUUCGACCAUUAGAAACCACUGAUAAUAAUGAUAAACAAACAGCAAAUGCAAAUGAUUCGAAUGAACAAUGGACACAUUUAAAAUUUAGUCCCGAUGGAAAAAUGAUAUCAAUUGCAACGAACGGUACUAGUUUACAUCUUAUUGAAGCCUUUCAAGGUUUACCUAUACAUAAAUUUACUGAUUUUAUUAAUGAUCGGCGAGAGCCAUUACAAUGUUGCUUCAGUCCAGAUUCGAGCUAUAUUUUAUGUGGAUCAGGUGAUAAUCGAAUUUUGAUUUAUAAAGCUGAAAGUGGAGAAAAAGUUAUUGAAAAACAAACAGAACAUAAUGGUGCUAUACAAUGCAUUCAAUUCAAUCCUGCUUUUCUUAUGUUCGCAACAGCGCAUACUAAUAUGCUAUUCUGGUUACCAAUUAUUGAUUCACAACCAACAGAUGAUUUGUCAUCAUAG